AUGAGGCCUGGUAAAGGAAAAGCGCUUAAGAGUUCUAGUGACUUGGAGUAUAGUCUAACUCUUUCACCAUGGUAUAUUAUCUGGGGUAUACAUCUCGACUGUGUAUAUACAUCCCGGGUGUAUAGAACUUUGGUGCAUGGCGACAUUGACUCAGUGUCUUCUUCCUCAGGUUCGGUUGAGAUCACCAUGGAGCUUCCUCACACCUCCUUCAACAUGAUGGUUUGGAAUUUUGAUACAGUUUGCUUGGGCGAACAAUAUGUACACACAUUUAGGGAAGGUGUUUUUCUUUCUAACACUGGUGAAGAAAGCGAUUUUAUUGUGGAGCCAUGUAUUUCUGGCGAGAAGGUUCGUGAAGUGCUAGGAAUUGAAGAGAAUAUAGUGAGCCUUUGGGUUUUUUUAGAAAAGAUGACUAGUUUUAAUUUGAAGAAAAUAAUGUCUUUGUUAGCCAAAGAAAAAAGUCUUAGUGGAGAGGCUCCGAAUGCUGGGAAGAGUGACUCGUAUGUUAAGAAGAUCGAGGCAUAUUUUAAGAAGAAGUUCAAAGAGAUGCAGGAGGCUCAUGAUUUGAAGGAUUCUUUAACGGCUUCGGCUAAUAAGCGUAUAGUUUUGCUUGAGAAGGAGCUAGAAAGUCUCAAGACGGCCAAGACGACUUCUGACUCUGGUCUUAAAGAAACCCGUGGAAAGUUGCCAGAUGAUGAUAUGGCCAAUGAAGAUUUAAAGACUCAACUCUUUGAACAAGAGAAGCUCGUGGAAAGCCUAAAUGUGAAGCUUGAAGCUAUGGUGAUGGAGGGUCUGUUGGUGGGUGAUUUGGGUUUUGACAAGGUGAAAAGUCAAGCUCUUUUCCUUUACCUUUCAAUUGAUUUGUAUGAGUUGGGUUUUUUCAAAUUUAUCUGGGAUGGGAAUCUUAUGAUGGAAGAGGACACUGAGGCUUACCAUAGUUUGAAGGAUAAUACAGACCCUUCCCCUUCCCCUGUAAAUAUUUUCGCAGUGGAGGAUUCUGCCAAAGACAACUCAAAUCAUGAACCUUCUGAAGAUGAUUGA